GCGGAGCCGCCGCCGCCGCCGCCGGUGAGGGAGGCCGAGAGCGGAGCCCGCCCCGCCCCGGGGCCCAGGGAGCGGGGCCGCCUCGGAGCCCGGCCUCUCCCCGCCAGCCGCCUCCCCGGCCGCCCGCCCGCCGUGCGUGCGAGCGAGCGAGCGCCGGGCCCCGGCCGCGCCUUCCGCUCCCGGCCCGAGCGAGCCCGCCGCCCGUGCGUUCCCCGCCGCCGCCGCCGCCGGGCCCGGCCGGAGCCUGCAGCGGAGCCCGCGGAGCCAGCGCCAUGGCGGAGCAGACCUACUCGUGGGCCUAUUCCUUGGUGGAUUCCAGUCAAGUGUCUACAUUUCUCAUUUCCAUUCUACUUAUAGUCUACGGUAGUUUCAGGUCCCUUAAUAUGGACUUUGAAAAUCAAGAUAAGGAGAAAGACAAUAACAGUUCUUCUGGGUCUUUCAAUGGCAACAGUACCAAUAAUAGUAUCCAAACCAUUGACUCUACCCAGGCCCUGUUCCUCCCAAUUGGAGCAUCUGUCUCUCUCCUAGUAAUGUUCUUCUUCUUUGACUCAGUUCAAGUAGUUUUUACAAUAUGUACAGCAGUUCUUGCAACGAUAGCUUUUGCUUUUCUUCUUCUCCCGAUGUGCCAGUAUUUAACAAGACCCUGUUCACCUCAGAACAAGAUUUCCUUUGGUUGCUGUGGGCGUUUCACUGCUGCUGAGUUACUAUCGUUCUCUCUGUCUGUCAUGCUCGUCCUCAUCUGGGUUCUCACUGGCCAUUGGCUUCUCAUGGAUGCCCUGGCCAUGGGUCUCUGUGUUGCCAUGAUCGCCUUCGUCCGCCUGCCCAGCCUCAAGGUCUCCUGCCUGCUUCUCUCAGGGCUUCUAAUCUACGACGUCUUUUGGGUGUUUUUCUCUGCCUACAUCUUCAACAGCAACGUCAUGGUGAAGGUGGCCACGCAGCCGGCUGACAAUCCCCUUGAUGUUCUGUCCCGGAAGCUCCACCUGGGGCCCAGUGUCGGGCGUGAUGUUCCUCGCUUGUCUCUACCUGGAAAACUCGUCUUCCCCAGCUCCACCGGCAGUCACUUCUCUAUGUUGGGUAUUGGAGACAUUGUGAUGCCUGGGCUCCUGUUGUGCUUUGUCCUUCGUUAUGACAACUACAAAAAACAAGCCAGCGGUGACUCCUGCAGUGCCUCUGGACCCGCCAACAUCUCUGGACGCAUGCAGAAGGUCUCCUACUUUCACUGCACCCUCAUUGGAUACUUUGUAGGUCUGCUCACUGCUACUGUGGCAUCUCGCAUUCACCGAGCAGCCCAGCCCGCCCUUCUCUAUUUGGUGCCAUUUACCUUAUUGCCACUCCUCACGAUGGCCUAUUUAAAGGGUGACCUACGGCGGAUGUGGUCUGAGCCAUUCCACUCCAAGUCCAGCAGCUCCCGAUUCCUGGAAGUAUGAUGGAUCACAGAGAGUGACCAGAAUGGCCAUCUUAGUCCUUUUCUGUCAACGCGUGGUUUUGUUUCCUCUUAGAGCUGGCCUGGUACUCGGAGACGUACCUGUUUAAGGAACUGACGUGUGACUGGAUUUUACAUUUGCGGCAAGCGUGUUUGCAGGAGCGAGGUGCUGGAGCCUGCUGGGUUCCGUCUCUUCCUGCCGUUGUAGAGGUGGAGCCCUCCCGAAGCGACAGGCCCUCCCCAGCACUCCUUCCUCCCGUUGUAUGGAUCUGCACAGACUGGGGGAUGGAGAUGUGACUGUCUAAAACUGACAACGGCAAGGAGUUGUUCUAUACCUUUUGAACACUAAAAGGAUAAAAAACAUUAGCAAACCGAAGUUUCUUCAACGAACCCUCAAGAACUUUGGGACCAGUUUCCUGUGGGGGACUCAGUUUCAGAGAACUGAGACAGAAGCUCUUCUGUCGUUAUAUUCUUCUUUCCUUUUUUUGGAUUUAUUAAAUAUUUUCUGUGGUGUGAAGUGACUUAUUAAAUCCACAGACAUUGAGUGACUUCUUACAACAUACACAUAAGAAUUUGUUGUAAUGAGUUCAUGUCCACCCAGAUGUUGUGUUGGCAGUGAACGAGGGCACGGUUUUUAUACAUACACACACACGCACACACACGCACAUAGAUAUAUAAGAAUAAACAAAAAUUAAAACCUGCUAAGGUCCUGCUGUGUAGCAGACAGGGACUUGCUGUAAUUUAGCAUGUAGAGCAGUCUACUCUGGCUUCUUGUAUGUGGAUAAGCUGCUGUCUUUCCCCCACAACUGAACGUGCAGUUAAAAACCAGUAUAGUAUUUGUACUGAUAUACUCAUGGACUUUAGGGGACUCUCGUUUGGUUUUGAUCCGUGUAGCAAAUUAGGGAUGAAAAGUUAACACUUUUGCCCCUUUUUUGUUCUCACAGGCUUCUCCCUUGCAGGACUUUUAGUAGUUUCUUCUUGAACCAAUGCAUGUAUUAUAGCAGCAGGUGUCUUUGUGCUUUCUGAUCAUAGUAAUGUACUACUUGUAAAUACAUUUUUCUAUUUUCUAUUUUUUUGUAUUUUUUUUUUUUUUUGGCAUUUUGUUUCAUUGGUGUGCUGUAUUUUCCAUGCCCUCACUCCUUUAAGAAAAAAAAAAGGAAAAAAGCAACACAA